AUUGUAUUUUUCCCACUGUCUACAUAAUGUUCACAGUCUUUUGUAAAUACACAUUGAAUAUUUAAUGGUUGAAAGAUAGAUAUUAAUUACUGUCUUUUGUUUGUAAGCAGCUGUUACAUAGAAGGUGUGCAAUAUCAGUACGUAUAGCCUGAGAAGUGCAGUUCAGUAGGUAGUAUAGCACACCAUCGGUGUAUGGUGUCUCUGGGUAGUGUUGCAAUGACAGCUUCUGAGGAGAAAUCAAUUAACGAGAGCGGUGAGGAACGGGUUGAUGAGGGACAAUUAUGUUGUCAACUCAAGUUAUAACUUCCAGGCAUUAAAUAAUCUCCUACAGUUCCUCAUUAAGUAAUACAUGUACUAGUUUGUCUUUCACAUAAUUGCAUUGCCUUUAGAAGAGAAACCACAUUUCUGUUUCAAUGCAUCUAGAUUCAAGUCUGUCUACAACAGCAUUUUGACAAUAUUUUAUAUACUGGGGUUGAUGUAUGCACUGGCCUAUGACUGUUCCUUGCCUAAAAAUAUUCCAAGAUUUAAGGUUAUACCUUUUAUACGGAUAGUUAUCUGCACUCGUGCACAUUUUAUGAUUUUAAUAGCUAUAUAAUAUUCAACUUUUAUAUGUCCAAUCGACAUAAAAAUAUCAGCAAAAAAUACAAUUUGUACAGAAAAUCCAUAACGAGUACAUCAGAUUUUGAAGUUUCUAUGGACCCGAAGAUACCACGAUACAUCAAAAAAGAAAUAAGAUCUACUAACAUGAUUCUGCAGAUAUCAUUAUAGCUAUUAAUGGUACAAAUAGGGAGUUGCCGGGUUCACAGGGAAAAUCCAGGUGCUGAUGUGACGAGCAAAGAUGGACAGAACCGGAUUUUAGCUUGUAAAUUUUCACCAUCUUGGAGAUACUUUGCUGUCUGUGAUGAUGCCAAAAGACUGUAUCUAUUUAGUUGUGGAGUGCAGUGGGAAAUGGUUAGCAACAGUUUUCAGUUUAGCUAUUGUAACCGUGUGUAUACCGCUUGUGUUGAGCUUAUAAAAAGGGCUAUAUCUAGAAGAUGCACGGUUCUUUCCUUCACACAAAAUGAGGAGAGCAUUUUGGUAGCAGACAAAUGGGGAGAUGUGUUCCAGUUCUCAGUAACUGACCCACAGAAGGAGGGACAACUGUUACUGGGGCACCUGUCCAUGUUACUUGAUAUUCUCACUACGAAGGAAGAUAGAUAUGUGGUGACUGCGGAUAGAGACAAUAAAAUAAGGAUCAGCAACUACCCCAACUCUUUCAACGUCCACGCAUACUGCCUACAUCACACAGACUAUGUAUCAAGUCUUGCAUAUAAUGAGGACCCUGAGGUCAUCCUUUCAGGCGGUGGGGAUGGUAGAAUUAUGGUGUGGAAUCUACAUGGUCAAGUACUUUCUCAGACAACUUGUUCUGAAGGGGAGACAACUCUAGCUGUCAAGAAAAUGAUAUGGGAACAGAAUUUGAAGCUCCUUGUGGUGAUUUUUUUUCAUUCUCCCAUUGUACAGCUGUACACACUAGCCUCAGAUGCUGCAGUUCUGAAUCACCACCAGGAUGUACAGCUGACCAGCCCCGUAUGGGACAUUAGCUUCGACUGUAAGGGUCAGCUAUGGCUGCUACAGGACCAGGAAGGGGACACAAUCCAAGUCUACAGCUGUCAAAGAACAGAACAGGGCACAAUAAAGGUGGAACAGAUAGAUUCAACUCAUCACUGCGUGGAAAACAAAGUGUUAGACGUGUUCAAUAAAGACUGGCCAUUCUUCAUAGUUUCAGAAAAGGCUCCCGACUUGUCCGUUGACUUCAAAAAGAAGGAGACACCAGAUAAUUACUCCAUUUAUCUGCAAAAAAAGCAAGACCGCCUUAAUCUGACCACCAAACAGCCAUCAGAACCCCAGACCAAGAAAGUGAAAACCAGCUAACACAGAAAAAGCAAGACCACCUUAAUCUGACCGCCAAACAGCCAUCCAAACCCCAGACCAAGAAAGUGAAAACCAGCUAACACAGAAAAAGCAAAACCACCUUAAUCAGACUGCCAAACAGCCAUCCAAACCCCAGACCAAGAAAGUGAAAACCAGCUAACACAGAAAAAGCAAGAGCACCUUAAUCUGACCGCCAAACAGCCAUCCGAACCCCAGACCGACCCAGAGAGAGAGAGAGAGAGAGAGAGAGAGAGAGAGAGAGAUUGUUGCAACAGAAAUAUGUUGAUGUAUUGAUAUUUGAAAAUUGUAUGAUGAAUUUGAAACAGGUGUUCGGUAUAUCUUCAUCUUUAUUGUCUGUGUAUUGAACCUAUGAAUUGUAUUGCAGUUUAGCACUAUUAAAAUACAUAGUAACAUAAAAGAUAUUCUAACGAAAAAAAAUGUGUGUAUAUUACACAAACCCUGUAAUUGUUCAAUAUUGGUAAUUUGCAUAUUCUCAUCUUGAUUAAAAACUGUAACUUAU